AUUGGUCCAAAUAUGUUGACUGACCUCGAAGCUUCACACUCUUAUUGAUUCCCCUUCUUUUUGAUCUUGAAGCCUAUCCCACUCUGCCAGCACCUUGAACACCACACCAUCCAUUGGCAAAAUGACCCUUGAUACGUAAUGCGAGUCCACUCCCGGAGGCAUUCCAAACCACCGGGACCAGUAGUGGGUACAUGUUACUAAUUAUUUAUUUAUGCAAAUGCAGCAGGACUAUAAAGACAUAUCACCCAGCGGCUCCAACUGCAUAAAACCACCUGUAUCCAUUCCAAGCCAACUCCUACCUAACCAAAAAUUUGUUGUCAUCAUGAAUGCUGAACAAUUUCGCAGAGCUGGCUAUCAAGCCAUCGAUAGAAUAUGUGACUACCAUAUCACCUUGAGGGAUAGGCCUGUCUCAUCCCAAGUCGAGCCAGGGUACCUCAGGAAGUUGCUCCCUUCCUCCGCCCCCACUGAAGGCGAGGACUUCCAGCUCAUCGCGGACGACUAUCAAAAGUACAUCAUUCCUGGCCUGACACACUGGCAGCACCCCUCAUUCUUUGCAUACUUCCCUACGUCAAGCACAUUCGAGGGUAUACUUGCAGAACUAUACGCAUCUAGCACAUCUAACCCUGGAUUCAAUUGGUCUGCCAGCCCAGCAUGUACGGAGCUUGAGGCUGUGGUCAUGGACUGGAUCGCUCAAUUACUAGGGCUUGAUGAGUCGUUCUACAACAUCUCCAAGGUCGGUGGCGGCGUAAUCCAGACGUCAGCAUCUGACUCUGCGUUAGUCGCAACUGUCGCUGCACGUUCACGAUAUAUUCGUGAACACCCUCAGGUGGCGAUGGAGAAUCUCGUGCUCUAUACCACUACCCAAACCCACUCGCUUGGGAAGAAAACUGGGCUUGUCUUAGGCCUCAAAGUGCGCGCAUUGGAAGUCACAGCACAGGAUGACUUUGCAUUGCGUGGAGACACACUCAAGGCAGCAUUGGAGGAGGAUAUGAAUGCCGGAUUCCACCCUUUCAUCCUGAUCGGUACGGUAGGGACGACAUCUUCCGGUGCUGUCGAUCGGCUCGACGAGAUUACUGAUGUCGCGAAACAUUACCCUUCCCUUUGGCUGCACGUUGAUGCUGCAUGGGCAGGCGUCGCAUUCGUAUGUCCAGAAUAUCGCGAAGCAUACCAACUGCCUGCCAUCAAUAAUUAUGUAGACUCUUUCUGCACCAAUUUCCACAAGUGGGGUCUAAUCCAUUUUGAUGGUCCUUGUUUGUGGGUGCGGCACCGGAAACAUCUUAUCGACGCGCUAGACGUCACACCUGAAUAUCUGCGAUCGAAGGACGGAAAUGCUGGUACCGCUAUUGAUUACCGCAAUUGGCACAUAGGUCUUGGCAGACGGUUCCGGUCGCUAAAAUUCUGGUUUGGACUUCGUGCACGGGGGGUCAAGGGUCUCCAAAAGUACAUCACCGACUGCAUCAAGUUGAACACCAAGUUCGCACAGAGUAUUUAUGAAUCCGAUUUAUUCUCCUUCGUCACCCGACCUUCCCUUUCCAUGACAGUCUUUAGGCUUGCACCAAAGUCCCUUCCUCAACUCAGGACUUCCGAGCUAAAUAUUUUGAACCGUGCUUUCUAUACACGACUUGCAGCACGGAAUGAUAUUGCAAUCACCCAGACGGAGUUGAAUGAGGUGUUUUGUAUUAGGAUGGUGAUUGGGGCUGAAAAGACUCUAGAAAGUGAUGUCGAGCACGCGUUGUCGUUGAUGAAGGAUGAGGCGAUGGUUUUGAUGAAAAACUGGGAAGGGAUUGGAGGUCGGAGAGGCAGGAAGACGCAUGUGGUUCCAUCUCACUCUCACUAAAAUAUGCCCAUUGGACUUAGCUGUAGUCCUUGAUGGGCCUGUAUUUUUUUCCCAAUACUUUGGGUGUAAUCCUGACUAUCCUUGUAUUCGCUCUCCUUUCUUUUGUGUAAUUGGAUUCUUUUUCCUCUCA